GUGUUAACCAUUCAAUUGUCAUCUUCUUUGAACAAGAUAAGGAAAGAACGAACAGGUUCAUUACUUUCUUCAACUUCACUUUCAUUUUAUCUUCCGCAACUCUACUUUUAUGUAUGUACUACAUUUCAAAAUUGCCACCCAAAAUUAACAAACUUUGCAUUCAAUUCCUCUUGGGUCGUUUCAUAUUCCCCCAAUUACUAUUAUGCAAUCUUAUCAUCAAAUACACUCAAUGGAGUUGAGAACAUUUACCUUACAACCCAACUUGACACACUUGUUUCCAAAAUUCAGACUUUGUGAUUUCCAACAUUCAAAUCAGAAGGAUUUUUCACUGAAAAUCAGUAGAAGAAACAUGGGGUUGAUUAUUAGUGGAGAGUGUAUAUUCUGGACAGAGAAUGCAAAUGCAUUUGAUUUUGGACUUGUGGCCCCUGAUCAAACAGUUGAAGAGGCACAAGAUGUAGUGAGAGUUCACGCACAAGAUUUGUUACAAAUUGGAGAUUUGUUAAAGUCAGAGUCAUGGAAAGUAGCACAGAAGGAAUUGAGAAGAAGCUCAGCACUUUUGAAGAAGGAUAUAUACACCAUAAUUCAAAGUAAGCCUGGAAAGGAGAGGCCAGAAUUGAGGAAGCUGUACUCUACUCUCUUCAACAAUGUUACAAGACUAGAUUAUGCAGCAAGGGAUAAAGAUGGACCAGAAGUGUGGCAGCGUUAUGAGAACAUUGUUGUGACUAUGAAUGACAUUCUAUCCAGAAUAUAAUUGUCUCUAGUGUUUUGAUCAAUGGGAGAUUAAGUAAUUCUUGAUGAGUUUAUUUGAGUUAGAUGAAGAAAAAGGAUCAUGUUGCAUUGAUUAUGAAUUUGGUCAUAGAGAGUUAGUUAAGAAUGUUGAGUGUCUAAAUGUUUUAGGUAGUAGCAAAAUGGUACUCAGCCUCAGCUAGGAAGAGUAUUACAUAUGUAAUAUCAGUCAACUUUUGAAAUGUUCUUCUGCAACUAUGAAAAUAUAUAUUGAGAUGGGUUGUAAAGAAUGAGAGAAA